AUGGCCGCCAACGUCAACAAGCCUACCGACAUCAAGCAGAAGGAGGCCGACAUCAACAGGAAGCUCCAAAUCUACGGCAUCGUCAGCGCUUUCCAGCUGGGCAAGGUUCCUUCGAACGAUCAAAUCGAUGUCGCACUCAACAGCUUCCUCGCUUCCAAGGCCCUCAGCAGUCCCCACAAGGACCUCUCUGAUGAUGGCAAGAGGCUCGUCCAGGAUGCGCGAGACGUGGUGCAGCAGGCAAAGAAUCUCUUGCUCUCCAAGAACGACGGCAAUCUGAUUCAAGACUUCGUCUGGCAAACGACGCAAUUCGACGCCAAGAGUAUUCAGAGUCCCAACGCCCCCGUCUCCAAGGACACCGCCAAGCGCGAUGGGGACGAAGCUCUCCAGGGCCUGAGGACGCUCGGGACAUUGCUCAUUACUAAUGGCCAGUUCCGUAAACUCCUCAAGGACUCCACCACGCUUCUCCGAGACAUGGCUGGAGACGCCGCCACCAACGCCGCCACCCGCGUUCGCCCUUCAGAAGACGAACUGGCCCAGAUUGAUCAGGCUGCCGCGGACAACACUUGGCAUGAUGCCCCCGACUUGUCCAAGGAUAGCCUUCGCAAACAAGCCCAGAACAUCUAUGGCGGAAAUGCAAAGAAGGACGCCCAGGACAUCGCCACUUCCGGACGGGACGCGGCUGCCCCCCCGGGCACCUCUGACCCCAAGGCAGUCGACCGAAAUGCUGGGCAGAACGCGGCGGUUGGCGCUGCCAAGCAGAAGAUUGACCAGAAUCUGGAUCCCGAGACCAAGGAGAAGAUCAAGCAGCGCAACGAGGAGUAUCGUCGCAAGGCUCGCGAGUACUUAAACAAAAAGAUGCCGCGGGAGCGCAAGGACCAAGUCAUCUUCCGUCUGAAGAAAAUGAUUCUCGAGUGCCAGCAGCACCCAGACUACUCCGAGGCAAUUCAGACCCUCCUCCGACUCGCCGAGUCGUACGGUGGUCACGGCCGCGCCCUCGGUCAGGGAUCAGCUGGCUCGGCCAAGCAGGCUCGGACGGGCUUUGCCGCCGCCGAGUACGAUCUGCGAACCCUCAUUGAGCGCUUCGCCAACGGUACCUCGACAUCGGAGCUUUGGUCCAACAUCAACCAGAUUUACAAAGAUGCCGAUAAGGAUCAGGAACUCAAGGGCUGGUUCAAGAGCAUGGAUAACUACAUCCGCCGCUGCCUGCUCGAGCAGGGCUACAUCCUGGAAGAGUCCUCGAGCAAGGAAUGGGACCGCCUCUACGAGCAUGGUAGGUACUUGCUCCGCGACAAGUACCGCAACCAUACCGACCAGGUCUUGGAGGAGCUCAAAUUCAUUGGCGACCAGUUCGACCAGGACGCUCACAACAAGGCAUUUGCGCAGUCUGUGCAGAGGCUGUUCAAUCACCUGGGCAGUGACGAGAGUGGCAAGUCAGUCUUCAAGCCUCACCUCAUCAAGGAUCUUGGUGAGGUAAUCAUCCCGGGCAUCCUGCAGAAUAUCAACUACAUUCCCAUCCCUCGCAUCGAGUAUUCAGAUCCCCAGUUCGAUGCCAUUAUUGAAAACUUGGUCUUGGAAAGCGACAACUUCAUGCCCAAUGUGCUGGAAGUGGCGAGCGAGCACUACUUCCGCUGGGGCCGCAAAAAGAUUGCCAACAAGAACCGCAACAUGAUCGAUGUGAAGGUGGCCGGUAUCCAGAUGGACCUUCGCGAUGUCAGCUUCCACGUGAAGCGUAAAACUGGAUUCCCUUCACUCUCCGAUACGGGCGUUGCCGACAUCAUGCUGCCCGGCGAUGGUUUCUCGUUCCGCAUGAAGGUGUCGACGGCGGAUAAGUCUGACCGCCAGAACUUUUUCAAGGUGGACAAGGUCGACGUAGACUUUAAGGGCCUCAACAUCAAGCUCAAGAAGUCGAGCCACAAGCUCUUGUUUAGCCUCGUUAAGCCGCUGAUGCUCAAGGUGCUUCGCCCGCCUAUCCAGAAGGCGGUGGAAAAGGCCAUCAAGGACCAGUGCAAUCAGCUCGACACCAUCGUCUAUCAGAUCAAACAGGAUGCGGAUCGUGCUGCCAAGGAGGGACAGUCGGAUGCUGAGAAGAAGGCCAACUUUUACCAGCGCUACUACCAGGCGGCGCAGAAGCGCUUCCUCGACGGCAAGAAGAAGACCAAGAGCGCCACCGACGACAAGAAGGUCAAUGUGGCGAUGACGACCGAGGACAGCAUAUUCCCCGAUGUCAAGCUGCCGGGCGGCGUCAGCUCGAAGGCCAGUGAGUACAAGGAGCUGGCUCGCAAGGGCGAGAAGUGGGAGAGCCCUGUCUUCUCGAUUGGCAGCGCCCAGAAGAGUACCGACGUGCCGGCGGCGCCGCGCAUCGAGAAGAAGACGCGGCCUGCGGCGGGGGUGACGAAUGGCAGCUCGGCGCCCCUGAAUGGUAAGGCGCCGGUGACGGCCAACGCCAACGUGCACGGGCAGACGAUGCUCGGCGCUCACUAG